AUGCCCUCUACCGGUGGACGUAACUACAUCUCCUCCAACGACGAGGAUAUAAACCUCGUCAUCACGCACAACAGUGCUCCUAAUGUUCCUAUCCCAAAUCUUAGAUUCCCCAUCUUCUCUCCUCGUCCCCAUUAUAUGACUAUUAGUCAAAGGAAUUCCCCUGAACCCCCUCGUCCGACAUCUCCCAUACCCAACUCUAGAGUGUCGUCCCCAUACCAAAUAUUUAACGAACCCGUUAUCCCCACUUUUAUUGACACUCACACCAGCCCCACUACGAUCAGAACUCGUGAGCGUAUUGCAGCUCGUCGACGAGCAGCUCCUUGGAAAGUAGCGACUGACCCCUACUUGCCCGAUCUCGAAGAUCGUAGACUUCGCCAUAGGAUUAUGCUGUCAUCCAAACUUUUCAAGAACCCCAUCAAAGACGCCAUCGACACUGAUCCCGCACUUAACGCCCUUUACGACCUCUAUCAUCUCGGUGAUCGUCUCGAAAAUACCUUGGAAAGGCACAAUGCUGAGUACAGAGAAGACGAGCUCUUCUCUCUCGACUAUAGUAUUCGAGACAUCAAAGAGAAGCUUCAACAAUUGACGUUGACUCUCAUGGAGGAACAAGGUUUCUUUGAGGCCCUUGACGGGCUCGGAGGAACUGAGGAGGAUCGGCGUCAUGCUGGAGAGCCCAAGCCAGGAGAGAAGCUUGCUGAAGUACUGCUAGAACUCCCAGUCGAUGUUCUUGUCGCCCUCUUCUCAGCAACUCUUCCUCAAGACAUGCUCCAGCAGAUCAUCAAAUCUCUGAAUCUUCCUAGGGAUCUGACAGAUACUUUUAUGCUUACCACCAACCGCCCCAAUGUCAGUCAUGCAGUGAUUCCCAUGGUCAAUUCCAUCAAAAAUUUCAGCAACCUCGAUUUUCUUGUAUCCAAGCUGUUUCAUCCAUCCAUGUCUUAUCCUCCAAAGUCCCUCAUAUUCAUAGAUCACAAACUCAGUACUGCAGUUGUUGCAAGAUACCUCAAUACUCGUUUACCUGAGGCAGUUCAACAUGUAUUCAAGUUUUGGCACCUCCAUUCCAGCAUGUCCAUGGAACACAACAAAAUGGUGUUCAACGAGUUCCAAAAGCCAGAUAGACUUGUUCAGGGCAUAGUUGCAACUUCGGGAGCAUCCACUGGAAUCAAUGUCUGUGACAUACAGCUCGUGGUCCAAUUCGGUAUCACUAUCAACAUCUCUGAGCAUGAACAAUGCACUGGACGAGGGGGACAGGACUGGAAGCCUUGUCAUGUCUUGAUGAUUGUGGAAAAGUGGGCAUACAAGAUCACCAUUGAUGCUCAAGUCUUGCACAAAGGGAAACCCACAGCAAAAGAGCGAUGUACCAAUCCUGCUAUGCUUGACUCUGUGAACACUUCUACAUGUCAUCAACAAUUCCUAGCUGAAUAUAAUAGUGACACAACAGCUGAAGCUUUCGAAUACAACAGCACAUUUUGUUGCGACCAGCAUCUUGAUACAACCUCAAACAUCAACUACUUUCUGCCUGGAAAAAUGUUACCAUCAAUCGCUCUGCAAGUUAGACUCAAAUCAGAAACAAGCAGUGUUCAUCCACAAGCCCAGCCCAAGAAGACAUGCAAAAAAUACUGUCCAACAAAGCAGCGCCCACCAUUGGAAGAACUGCUCCAAGCCUGGCGGAAGAGUGCCCUUUCCAAUGAUGUCCUCGCACGAGAAGAAGAGGCUGCUUUUGAAUCAACUGCUGAUGUGGUCUUGUUUCUGGAGGAGAGCAGCAAAUGGGCAAAUUCCUAUGCUGAGCAGAUGCCAUUUGAGCUGGAGUCUGAGAAUGACGAACCAGAGCAACACCUUCCUGACAUUCAUGUCCUUGCCGACCACAUCCCGUCUCUCAUCAAGACUACCUCUGACUUGUAUGACACUGACACAACACUAGUCAACUCAUACAGCCCCACAUCGUCUCCGCAGUCCAGUCAGUGUGCAACACCAGAUCUCAAUCUUCCUCUUUCUGCUGCUGUUCAACAUCCACAUUCUGAAUCUGUUUUUGAAUCACCAAACCCACGGCCAAAGAAAAGGGCAUUUAUUGCUGUUUUUAAAACAGUUGGCACAGCCACCAAAACACCACUUUUUCAGCCCUUUUGA